GAGCUUGUGCCGAAUUGUGCUUUGGUGGAGUGUGGCGCGUGCACGCCUUCUCCAUUAAUUUUGAGUUUGACAGUUGUGUCUCUUGAACUGUACUUAUCAUAACCGAAAACAUAAUUGUUCUGUUAGAUGGAUUUCGAUAUUAGUAAGGAAAAUAUUCAGCCACUUCGUGGCGGACGCAACGCUUCUCAGUUAGGUGUUGCUUUGCAAGCACAGACCGAUAUGGAUCAUCAAAGAGAGUUGCUGCAACAGCAAAGUGAGUUCGAGCGCCAAAUCGCGACAUACACCGGGGAUGAUCCUCUGGAACUUUGGUACCAGUACAUUUCCUGGGUUGAGCAAAGCUACCCUAAGCAGGGGCACGAGGGGAAUUUGGGCGCGCUGCUGGAGCGCUGUUUAUGUCUAUUUGAGAAGGAUCCACGGUACAGGAACGACCGUAGGCUUUGUAAAUUAUUUAUUAAAUAUAUCGAUCAGCACCAGAACCCCUUGGAGUUGUACCACAUGAUGUACGCCUCGGAGCUGUGCAGAGGGUGUGCCGACAUGUACAGAGCCUGGGCGUAUUAUUACGAAGCAACUGGUGAUUUCCAAAAUGCUCAUAUUAUAUUUGAGUAUGCGAAAAAGGAACUGGCACAGCCUUUUAGUGAUAUACUCAGGGCACAUGAGAGUCUUGUUUUGGCGGCGGGGCGGCACAUGAUUUAUGGACCAAAUGAGCGGGAUUUAUCAGAGAAGCGGCAAGCACUGACCUCUCUGCAGACGUUCAAGCCGGGACAAGUUGGCAGUGUUCGCAGUGCCGCGAGCGAAAAUCCACUCACAUUGGGUGCCCCAAUCGCUGGUCGAUCUAAUGCCUGCAUUCCGGUAUAUGAGGACAAAGGACAAGAGGUAAAAGGUGCGGAGGCAGGCCCUAUUAGUAUUAUAGCAGCAGCAAAACGCCAAGAAGUUCCCAAAGAAAAUACUCUAAAACCUGGGCAAUGGACAACCGUAGUAUUAAAAAGCAAAUCUGGUCAACGAAAUUGUGGAGGGAAUCCUGAUCGAGCAUCAAUUCCCAUAUAUGAAGAUCAGGAGGAGGGGCUAAAGGGGGCCGAAUGUAGUAGUUUUGUGUCAACUGGACAAGAACUUCCAACAGACAAACAAGAACUGGGGAAACUAAAACCUUUGGUUCAAGGAAGUGGUCCAGAUUUAGUUUCAAUUCUUGAGGGCCGUAAACGAACAAAUGAUUUCGUGAGUAAAACGUUCGAGAAUUACUCCGAUUGGAUAGUCAGUUUGACGAUUCCCGAACCGAAAGACGACCGAAUAAUUCCAAUGUAUCCCAAAGCAAAAGUCUAUUCUGAAGUGAAUACCGAAUACAGUCUUGAAGAAUUACGCGCUGUUCGGUAUCUACCAGCAAAGAGUGAACCGGUUCAAAAUCUCUCGUAUCAUGCGUCAUUACAAGAACAAAUGUCCUACCAGCACAAUGAACAAACACAAGCUCCGGCUUUCUGUAUCUGGGACUCUCCCCAAAAUACCGAAAAGAACGAGCGCUCAAUGUUGAACUUUGACUUGUGGAAUUCCUCGAAACACGAGGCUUCGGCCGUUUCGUUGAAUGUGCGAAAGUCGCCAGUACGGAAAUUUUCCAUUUACGAACAAUCGACUUUAGCUUUGCAAGAGCAGAUCGAGCCGAAAGGCAGUGCGAUGAAGACGCCGUUCAAGAAUUUGAACGCUGAAGAACUGGCAGAGACCGGGUCUCGGGGUGGAAUGGAUGUUGCGGCUGCAGCGCCGGUAGAUAGCGCCAAAAGACUGCCAUUGUACGAUGAUGACAGCAGUUCUUCGUUUGACAAUAUAACAGAAAGUGUUAAUUUCAACGAUCUCACCUGCAACACACAGAUGUUUGGAUUCAAUUUGAACGUUAUGCAAGUGAGCACUCCGCAGAGCAAACAGCCGUUUGGUGCUAAUAUUGAAGCCAACGCUGCCAAAUUAACGCCGAAACAACUCUUCGCCGAACAGACUUUGAAGGGUGAAGGCGACAAGGUCGAGAAAAAUCUCUCCACGAUUUUUGAAGAAACCAAAAGCUACGGUUCCAGUUCAAGCUCGAGCAAUGCCGCCACGAAAUCUUCGCUCUUCGGCAGCAAUUUCAAACAGAACACCAUGGCAAAAAUUUCCGAAGAGCACACCAGUUACCUCGCCCAGAACCUCAUGGUCAAUGCGGCUUUGCGUUCGAGUUCGUUGGGCGAGUUAAUGGAUUUCGAUCAGCAUGCGAGUCCAGCUGUACCAUCAAUGCAAAAACCAACACCCGAGCAAGUGGUCCCAGCACCUACAAAAAUCACACCGCUGGAUGUUGUGCCAUCUGAUCCAUUUAAACAAAGUCUCAUUGAGAUGCUGUUGCGAAGAGUGAAUUUUCCAGGACCGCAUAGGCACGGUUAUUGUUAUCUAAGUAGCAUUCCGAAGUUGGUGGUCCGUAAGGAAGUGGUUAAUUUAGGAUUGGAUAAAUACGUGAUUGAGAAACAGCUGGGGAAAGGGACUUAUGGAACUGUUUUUCGAGGGAUUGAUCUCAGGACGGGGAAUCCCGUGGCUGUGAAGUUUCAAAGACCGGCCAAUAGAUGGGAGUUUUAUAUUUGUAGGGAGUUGAGGUCCAGGUUGGCGCAGCAUCCGCUUAGGGAACGGUUCAUGGAUGUGACAAUUGGUUAUUUUAGUGACCAGGCCUCGGUGUUGAUCUCAGAAUUCAUGCCUUGUGGCUCACUACUGAGCGUCGCAAACACAGUGAAGCAGAAAUCUGGUCGUCCUAUGAAAGAAUCUCUCUGUAUUCAUUUUUGCUUAGAAAUGCUGAAAGUGGUGCAAGCGAUGCACGAAGUGAAAAUCAUCCACGCCGACAUCAAACCCGACAAUUUCCUAGUACAACUAACAAUGAACGACGCCAUAGUUUUACAAUUGAUUGAUUUCGGCUGUAGUAUAGACAUGUCCCUGUUUCCACCAAAUGCGAGUUUUACUCGGAAAGUUACAACUGAGGAUUUCAUCUGCUGCGAAAUGCGUGAUAACCGGCCGUGGAACUACCACACGGACUUGUUCUGCAUCGCUGCCACAGCGCAUGUUCUCCUCUUUGAUAAGUACAUGCAGUUGCGGAAGAACGACGGUCAUUGGUCGAUUUUGAAUCGAUUGCCGAGAUACGCCCGCUUGGACUUGUGGAAUAUGUUCUUUAGUACGUUACUUAACCAGCAGGAGGGACCAGCGAAUUCGGCGGCACUGCAAGCGAUGCUUGAAGACAGCUUGAAUCAUAAGUUCGAUGACUAUCACAAUGAACUGCGAUUUCUUACCAAUCUUUUGAAAAACCGAUAGCAGUUUGGUUGAGGCACUUGGAUUUAUUUCAGAUAGAUGUUUAAGUUACUAUUUAUUUUUAAUAAAAUUAUGUUAAUAGAUUUUUUCUGUUAAUUAUUUGAUGUUUUCUUUUGUUCACGUGAAUUGUACACAAGAGUUAGGUUGUUCCGAUUUUUUGCAUGCUUUUUGAUUCAAUUAAACGAUUUACUACAA